UGCUUUUCACCAACGAUUCCAACCUAUUCCUUAACACUACAUCUCUUGUGGUCCUAUCGGAAGGUGUUGAAAUCAACUACUUGGCUCUCCUGAUGUUGGUGAUCCCCAUAUUCACGGCUUUGGGAAACGUGAUGGUGAUCCUGAGUGUGACGACCGAGAAAGCUCUGCAGACGUCUACCAAUUACUUGAUUGUCUCGUUGGCCGUGGCAGAUCUUCUUGUUGCCUUAUUAGUCAUGCCAUGGGCCAUCUAUGUACUGGUGCAUGGACAUUGGACCUUGCCAUUCCUGGCUUGUGACCUCUACAUUGGAAUGGAUGUCAUCUGCUCUACGGCCUCAAUCUUCAACCUCGUGGCCAUUAGUAUCGACAGAUAUGAGGCCGUGACACAGCCUUUGAAGUAUUGUCAAAAGCAGCAAACCAAUGAUCACGGGAUGGUGAUUAAGGCUAUUGUAGCCAUUUGGAUUGUGUCGAUCAGCUUGGGGUUUCCCAUAUUUUUGGGCAUGAACUAUCCGGACAAUCCGAGUGAGACUGAAUGCAUCCUGUACGACGCCAACUUCAUCAUCUUCUCCUCGACGGCAUCUUUCUUCAUCCCUUGCUUCGUUAUUCUCCUCUUCUACUACAAAAUCAUGAAGGCAAUUUUAAGACAACACCGUGGAGGGAAAUCAUCAUCAUCAUCAUCGUUCUCUGCUAAGAAAUCUGAACUAGCCUCGAAACCCUCGACCUCGUCGGACAAUACUGAACCAUGGACCGCGAGACUCCAAAGUUGGCUUCAACGACAACGCAGACGCAGUCGCAGUUCUUCCUCGAGAAACCCAACCAAUGAUGGAACAAGUAACUUGGAACUUGAAAACACCAAGAACAGUCCCAGUGACGAAACGGGCGGAGGUCCUCCGUUUCUCCUGCGUCCCGGUCAAGGUGGGAUUGCUUGCACCUUGUCUCAUAUCAUUCGCGUGUCAACCAAUCCAUUGGAAAAACAAGACACGGCUCCUCCGCCUAAUCCUCCACCGGCCUUCAUCAGUCAGGCCUCACCUCCGGUGUCCAUGGUCGCCUCUUCACCUUUCAAGUCUAAAGCGGAAAGAACACAAUCUCGAGGGACGCAGACGAUUCCAAGUAAGAAGGGAUCAUCCCGAAAUCUAAGUGAACCUCCCGCCAAGCGACGUCAACGACCAUCUCGUCUGGCGGGUUUAUCGAGUGGCGCCAAAGAUGACAUGGAGUUGGACAAGAAACCCAUGGGGGACGAGAAGCGAACAAGAAAAGGCAGUCUCUUCCCUUUCCAAACUUCCAAUGGCUCAAUACCAACCACAACGGCUUCACCCAGUGACAAGCCAGGCCUUGAUAAGUCCAUUCGAAGGCCAUCUAGUGCAUAUAUCAAAGAAGCCCCAGUCUUGGGUAGUGAUUCCUCGUCUCCAUGCAAUAAAGUGCGGUGUCUGGUCCCAAGAUCACCACGACCUUCAGCCCUUCAUAAUCCCAAUCGGUUGUCCGCUGCUGCCAAAGCAAAGUCUUCCUCCAUGCGAACAUUAGCUGUGACCUUCAGUUUAAAUACGCCUGACGAGGCGUCAGCUGACCGGAAUUCAGCUGAUGCCAAGACUAACCUCACUCCCACGCCCUCUACGUUAUCGGUGCCUAAAUCUGGACUACUUAGGUCAAUAUCUACAUCUGGAAGUAUCAAUAACGCGGGGAAUUCGCCAGCAGAUGGUCGACGACCCUCUAUUGGAACAUCGAUUAAGGUCCUUCGCAGGGCUGCCACAUGGAAGAUCCGAAGUCAAGAGCGGUUACAAGCCAAACGGGAGAGGCGAGAACGGAGAGCCACAAAAACUUUGGGCAUCGUCUUAGGCUGUUUCUUGUUCUGCUGGAUCCCAUUCUUCACGUGUAACAUGUUGUCAGCCUUCGCCAUGAAACUGGACAUGGUCAGUCUUCAGCCUUCCAUUGAUUUAUUCAUCAUUACCACGUGGCUGGGAUAUGUGAACUCCGCCCUGAAUCCACUCAUCUACACCUUCUUUAACCAUGAAUUCAGAAAAGCUUUUAAGAAGAUCAUUUGCAUCCCAGACUCUUCCACAACAACCGGAGUUAGAACCAAUUUUGCCAAAGUCUAGCCUCAUCAUCCUUUGAAACGGUGGACAGAGGGAUUUCGAAGUUACGCCACAAGUCGGAUUUGGAGAGAAAUAAUACUUGAAGCAGGCUCUUGUAUCAAUGAUACUUUUAUGAAUUUGACAGCAUUAUUACCUCGAGAAAUUAUAGAAUAUGAAUUAUGGUGUAACAUGGUUGAAAAACUAUGCAGACAGAAGAAUGCUUAUUUAUGGUCAUCCCACAAGUUAAUAGCGAUAUUUCAGACUCAUGUGAGAGUAACAGAAUAAAUGUGCGUUUGUACUUCA